AUGGCGAUCAUGAGCAUCCCCCACGAAUUCAUCCCUGUCGUGGUCUUGGCAUACCGGACAAGGUAUCCUGGGAUAGGCUCACCGUACAAUCGCGAGGUAACUCGACUCCAAUCCCCGGAAAUAUCACCCGUCACCGGCAGGCAGAUCGGGGAGGUUAACGGUGGCUAUGCACCAUCUGCCGACGGCAACGCAGGGGAAAAUGCAGCGGUAGAUCUGCAGAAGAGGAGAGAUAUCUCGUAG